AUGAAGUCCAUCAUCGCCACCGGCCUCCUCGCGGCCGUAGUCACCGCCCAAAGCCAAUACUCCAUCGACCCCAACUCCGUCGACGAAAGCACGAGAAAAUACUGGUGCCAACAACAACAAGCCCAAUGCCCGCUGAUCUGCCUCCAAACCGCGGCCAACAGCGCCACCACCACCUCCAACGACUGCGACCCGUCCGCCCUCACCUACUCCUGCGUCUGCGACAACGGCAUCUCGCCCAACAUCUCCGAGUACUCCCAGACCCUGCCCUACUACAUCUGCACGCAGUGGGGCCAGCAGUGCGUCUCCAACUGCAACGGCGACACCGCCUGCGCGAGCGCCUGCACCCAGGACCACCCCUGCGGCGCGAGCAACCCGACCCGCCAGAACACGAGCACGUUGACGCGGACGAUGAGUAAGACGGCGAGUGCGGGUGCCAGUGGGAGUGGGAGUGAGGAGGCCGCCGCGACGACGGAUGGGAGUGGGCAGACUAUUUACAGUGGGUUUGCGGGGGAUAGCCCGAGUAGCACCGGGGGGAAUGGGGGCAGUGGGGGAGGGGAUUCCUCUGCUGCUUCUUCGACGCUGGUGAGGGUUUGGGCGCUGAGUGCUGGGCAGACUUUUGGGACGCUGGCGCUUGUUGGGGGGAUUGUUGGUGGUUUUGCCAUGUUGUUGUAA